AUGUCUUCUAAAGCUUCAUCGAAAAAGAAAUCAACUGGGGCAUCCACUCCGGAUCCAACGAGUGCACCUGCCAAGAAGAUCAAAAUUCCCAAGUCUUUUAUACUUAGACCAAACCAAUUUCCACCUCAUCACUUGAAAUCCAUCGCAAAUGUAUACAUGAACUCUGAAAUCUUACAAGCCAUGGAAUUAUCCCCUGGGAAUUUAGUUUAUGUUUCUUCCCUUGAGGGUGGUUCACCUGGAAUUGUGGCUACUGUAUACCCAUCCAAUGAUAUUAUUGAUAAAAAUAUCAUCACUAUGAGUUACUCAUUUAGAGAAUUAACUGGAUCAUUGUUGGGUGAUAGAGUUGAAGUAGUAAAGUUUAUGAACCAACCAACAUAUGCCAAUGAUGUGACAAUUCAUGAAGAGGAUCAAGAAGAAGUGGAAAAAGUCAAGAAUGCGUUACUUGACGUUGGAUUAAUCUACCCUGGCUUGAAAUUGAACUUGGGUUCUACAAAUAAAAUAACAAUACUUGAUAUUAACGACAGUUUACAAGAUUCAAUGAGUAAGUUGUCUGUUUCUGAAGAUUCUGUUUCAACAAGUUUUUCUCACAUUGUAUCCCCACCGUAUUUGAUUACUCCCAAGACCUCCAUAAACGUCACAACAGAUGCCAACGCAACCCCAAGUAGAUCAAAAUAUCCAAACUUGCCACAGUUGAUCACUUAUGACCAAGUAGGUGGGUUGCUGAAGGAAAUAGAAUUAUUAAAAUCAACCAUUGAAUUGCCUUUAAAUAACCCCAUGUUGUUUUCUGAAUUUGGGAUUACUCCACCACGAGGAAUUUUAUUGCAUGGACCACCGGGUACUGGUAAGACGAUGCUUUUGCGAUGUGUUGCCAAUUCUAUUGUUGGGGCACAUAUACUCACAAUUAAUGGUCCAAGCAUAGUAUCAAAAUAUUUGGGUGAGACUGAAAAUGCAAUACGUGAUAUCUUUAAUGAGGCCAAAAAAUUCCAGCCUUCGAUUGUAUUUAUGGAUGAAAUUGAUUCCCUUGCUCCUAGUAGAAAUUCAGAUGAUUCUGGAGAAACCGAGUCGAGAGUUGUGGCACAAUUAUUGACCAUGAUGGAUGGAAUGGGAGAUAAUGGGAGAAUUGUUGUUGUUGGUGCCACAAACCGUCCUAAUGCUAUAGAUUCUGCAUUAAGAAGACCUGGUAGAUUUGAUCAAGAAGUGGAAAUUGGUAUUCCGGAUGUUGAGGCUCGUGAGGAAAUCUUGUCCAAGCAAUUUUCCAAGAUGAAUUCUGAUAAAUGUGAGUUGACAAAAGAAGACAUUACAAGGAUUGCUUCAAAAACACAUGGAUAUGUUGGUGCUGACUUAACGGCAUUAUGCAGAGAAUCUGUUAUGAAAGCAAUUAAUAGAGGUUUGACAGAAGGAAUUUCCCAAAGCAGUAUUAAAGUUACUGAAAUAGAUGUCAAUCAUGCAUUGCCAGAAAUUAGACCUAGUGCAAUGAGAGAAAUAUUUUUAGAAAUGCCAAAAGUUCAUUGGUCAGAUAUUGGAGGACAAGAUGAGUUAAAACGAAAGUUAAUAGAAGUCGUACAGUUGCCAUUAGAAGCCAGCCAAUCAUUUGCUAAUUUGGGAGUGUCCUCUCCAAAAGGAGUUUUACUUUAUGGUCCACCGGGUUGUUCUAAAACAUUGACUGCGAAGGCAUUGGCUACGGAAUCGGGAUUGAAUUUUUUGGCUGUGAAAGGACCCGAAAUUUUUAACAAGUAUGUCGGAGAAUCGGAAAGAACAAUACGUGAAAUAUUCCGAAAGGCCAGGGCAGCAUCGCCUUCUAUUAUUUUCUUUGAUGAAAUCGAUGCCAUUGCGGGGGAUAGGGAUGGUGACAGUUCUACCACCGCUGCGCUGAAUGUGCUUACGUCUUUGCUUAAUGAAAUCGAUGGUGUUGAAGAACUUAAAGGCGUUGUUAUCGUUGGUGCAACGAAUAAACCAACAGAGAUUGAUCCAGCAUUGCUCAGACCGGGAAGGUUAGACCGUCAUAUUUAUGUGGCACCGCCAGAUUAUGAGGCAAGGCUCCAAAUCUUGCAGAAGUGCACUCGUAACUUUAAUUUGGAUAAAGAUGAAGUGGCACUUACAAAGUUGGCCGAUUUAACCGAAGGGUGUUCAGGAGCUGAAGUCACACUACUUUGUCAAGAAGCUGGGUUAGCUGCAAUCAUGGAAGACAAAGACGCGACGGUGGUUUGUAAGAGACAUUUUGAUCAUGCCUUGCAAGGUAUUUCCAAAGGUAUCACUCCGGAAAUGCUUGAAUACUACGAGAAUUUUUCCAAUAGAAGUGGACUCAAAAUGUGA